AUGGCUGUUGAUUGGAGCAUAGUUGAUCAGAUCAGGCUAUUCAGAUGGGUAUCUGAAUUUAAGCCUGCUGGAAUUGAUAAACAUUUCAAUAUGAUAUGUAUUUUGGAAAGAAUGAACAAUCCUGAUAAGUAUCCUGUAAUAACGUUACAGAAAGAACAAUUCAAGCAUAGCAAAAAGUUUACUUCUGAAGAUAUAAAGAGUAAAUUGAAGAUGUACUAUGACUUAGACAAGCUAGAUGAGUUAGAAUACAAGAAUUCUAAAUCUGAAACUGAUGAAAAGAAUAAAGAUGUUGAUAAAAAUUAUUCAGAAUACAAUCAAAGGUUCACACAACAACGUGAUUUUGGUUUACCAUGGGAUGAAUAUGGUGAACUAAUGUUGGCUAACGCUAGAAAUGGUGUAGACGAAUCUGGUGAGGAUGAAGAGCAUCUUAAAAGUACAAGAGCAAUGCAAGUAAAAGCAAAUAUAUCAAAGUCCAGUUACGAGAAAGUGGAGCAAACUGUGAAGGAUACCAAGAAAAUAGCAAACAUAGAUUCUAGGGGCAAAGAACACAUGAAGCUAAACGAUUCAAUAGUAAAGAAGACAAGAGACGUUCAAGAAGAUGGAAAUGAUACAGUUAAGGAGAUUGAAAAAAGUUCCAAAAAGGUUACUACAGAAGAGAAAACACCAGAGGCACCAAAAUCCCUGGAAUUAAUACCUAGUCAGUUAGAAUCUGAAAAACUAACUUCUGUAGAGGCAGUAUCUCAAGAAACAGUUUCCGACAAAAUAGUGUCUGAAGAAAUAGCUUCUGAAGAGGAAACCACUGAAAAAUCAGUUUUCGAAGUGCCAUUAUUGGACGAAUUUACAUCUGAACAAUCUAAUGUCAAAGAUUCUGUUUCUAAAAAAGCAGUACCUGAAGAGCCAGUACCUGAAGAGCCAGAAACUGAAGAGCCAGAAACUGAAGAGCCAGAAACUGAAGAGCCAGCAACUGAAGAAUCAGUAUCCGAAGAGCCAGAAACCGAAGAGCCAAUAACUGAAGAGCCAGAAACCGAAGAGCCCGCAACUGAAGAACCAGUAUCUGAAGAGGCAGUAUCUGAGGAACCGGUAUCUGAAGGGGCAGUAACUGAAGAACCGGUGUCUAACGAAUCAGUAACUGAAGAACCGUUGUCUAAAGAACCAGUAACUGAAGAACCAGUACUUGAAGAAUUAGAAUACAAGACAGAACCGGAAAAUUCUGAACCAAUAACACCUGAGGAAGAAACUACCGAUCAAGCUUCAACAUCUAAAGUAAAUACCGAAUUGUCUGAACAAUCUGAUCAAUCAGGACAAUCUGAGCUACCUGAAGAUAUAAUUAACAAGGAAAAAGAAGAAUCUGAAGUAAAUGUAGAAGAGAUAACAAAAUCACCUAUUAAAGAGGAAUUUGAAAAGAACGAAAAGGUAGAAGCAGAACAAACAAAAAUAGAACAAGAACCCAAAAUAGAGGAAGAAAAUGAUAGCAUGGUGAUGGAACAAGCAGAAGAAGAAGAAGAAGAAGAAGAAGAAGAAGAAGGAGAAGAAGGAGAAGAAGGAGAAGAAGGAGAAGAAGUCAGCAAGUCUAUUGAAACUAGAAGAUCCACAAGAUCUGGUAGAAAUAUUAAGGUAAGCGUAACAAAGGGUGAUGAUUCAGGUGUCAUUAAAGAAGAAAUCAUAGAAGAAAAGAAAACAACAGGUGAAGCGCCAGAUGAGAUAGAAGCACAAGAAGAAGUGAUAGAGGAUGAUGAAUCAAAGGAGUCAGCGGAGGAUAAAUUGGCUAAUGAACCUAUGGCUAAAAGAACAAGACAGUUGUCAAAUAGUGCAACUAUGCAAGAAAAGUUCUCAAAAAAGAAGAGGAAGAAAAACGAUACUCCAAUUGCCAAGAGAACUAGCUCCAGAGUUUCAGAACGAUUAAGGAACAGGAAUAAUCAUUAA